GAUCUCGUGCGGAUUUGGGGGGUGAUUGAAUAUGAACAGAGAUACAUUACUACCAAAAAGAAGAUCCAUUUUAUGUUUAACGCUAAAUAAUUAUCGUGUUUAGACAUAUAUUUAAGCACAACAGCAGAGAAGCUAUAUCAGGUCUUUCUCUGUUGAAAAACUACAACCUUGUUUGGUCUAUUCCUGUUCCAAAUGUCUCGUGAUCACCAAGAAGCAGUCAGCGAACUUUCAAGUCAGUGAAUCUUGUUGUGAACAGUCGUUCCCGAGUGAUUUUUUUUAUUAACCGUCUGUAUUUAAAAUGCCUUCACUUUGUGGCGGAACAUCCGAGGCGAAAGAUGCCACUGAAGAGGAGCAGAAAAUAUGCGAUGAGGUAAAAUCUCAUGCAGAGGAUAAAGCUGGGCGAAAGUUUGACGUUUUCACCGCCAAAUCCUUUAAAACACAAGUUGUUCAGGGGAAAAAUUACUUCAUUAAGGUGCAUGUAGGUGAGGAUGACUAUAUUCAUCUACGUGUCCAUAAAACCCUGCCUAAUGCUGGAGGAAAACUGGAGCUGCGCAGCAUACAGACAUCCAAGGCUCAUCAUGAUGCCAUUGAACACUUCUGAAGCAAACCUCCAGAAAGAUCAAAUCAUCAUAAUUAUUGCCCAAAAUACUCAUGAAUCCCACCAUUACCGUGAUUACACUGUAAAUGUGAACACUGACAUCUGAAGACAAAACAUGUUAACUCAUUACAUGACGACCUUAUAACAAUAAUGAACAUGUAUUUAUUGACAAGUGUGUAAACAACACCUGCAGUGUAUAACUCAUUGUGAAUUAAGUCAUCUUUUAAAUGCA